AUGUUUUUAGAACACCUGUCCCGGCGAGUGCCAGAGGACAUUAGAGAAGUGAUGGAGGCUCAGAUCUCCCUCGAAGAGGUUGAGAGCGCCCUCAGGAGGAUGGGAAAAGGGAAGGUGCCCGGGAUGGAUGGGCUGCCGGCUGAGUUUUACCUGAAGUUUUGGGGGAAACUUGGUCCUGUAGUCCUUGAAGUCUUGAAGGCCAUCCUCGAGACGGGGAUCCCGGGGGGAUCGAUGGCCGUAGGUGUGCUGUCACUUCUUUACAAGAAGGGGGAUACAACAGACCUUGGCAACUGGCGGCCGUUGACCAUGCUGUGCGUAGAUUAUAAGCUGCUUGCGAAGGUUCUAGCGGACCGGUUGCGCACAGCCCUUCCCUACGUCGUCCAUGAGGAUCAGACGUGUUGGAUAGAGGGCCGCUCUAUUAGGUGGAACCUGAGUUUGAUUAGGGACUACAUUGCUUGGGUAGAGGAUAGAGGGCUGCCGUUAAUGGUAGCAGCACUUGAUCAGGCUAAAACCUUUGAUCGAGUGAAUAGAUAUUUUCUUUUCAGGGUGUUAGGUAGGUUAGGUUUUGGGGAGAAGUAUAUAGGGUGGAUCCGUGCUUUAUAUGUCAGAGCAGGGUGCCGGGUUAAUGUAAAUGGUCACAUGGGUGACAUUUUUGACCUUGCGUCGGGGGUCAGGCAGGGGUGCCCGCUCUCGGCACUCCUCUUUGUUCUGUACAUGGAGCCUCUGGGGGCUGCCAUUAGGGCAGACACAGGGGUGGAGGGCUUGCUUAUCCCUGGGAGCGGUGGGCUGCACGUUAAGAUGACGCAGUAUGCCGACGACACUUCCUUGUUACUAUGCAAGGACUCGUGCCUGACUAGGUCCCUUGCCAUCAUUGGGGAAUUCACCCGAGCGUCGGGAGCGGUUCUCAAUCACGCUAAGUCUUCCGUUAAGUUUUUCAGAAGAUGGCGUGGGUCAACAAGAUCCCUGAAGAUUCUCGGGGUCUUGUUUGAGACCUCUGGCUCAGCGACGCUGAACUGGAACAGGAGCAUCGCAGUGGUACAGAGGAAGCUGGGGAUGUGGAGGGCUAGGUCGUUGUCCUUUAUAGGCAAGGUCCUGGUCCUCAAGGUGGAUGUGUUGCCGUCUCUUUUGUAUAUGGCGUACGUCUACCCAUUGCCAGCUAGUCUGAGGAGGCCUCUAGUAAGGCUAGUGUUUCAGUUCAUGUGGGGUGGCAGGCUCGAGCGUGUCGCGAGGGUUCACAUGCUCUGUCCCAUUGGGGAGGGAGGUAGGGGUGUACCACAUUUCCCCCUCAAGCUGGACUCGAUUUUUGUUUCUUAUUUGUUGACUGAGCUGGCUCAUCCGGUAAUACACCCGUGGUCAACCUGGUUACUUCCUGCGGGUGUUCUUCUCUUACCAGGCGAGAAGCGUAAUGGUGUGGACUAACACGGGUCCUCGGGUGGAACAGCUGCCAUGGCACUUUGGCUAUGCGGCCAAGUGGCUGCGUGGUCACCCCGAGGUUGAAGUUGCCCGAGUAGGUUUAGAUCACAGGCACCUGUAUGAGGAGGUGAGACGGGGAGGGUGUCCCGGGCCAGUAUUGGGUAUCCCGGCUGUGGUUUGGGAAGGAGUGCAGGUGCGAGGUCUGGAUAACAGGCUCAAGGACCUGAAUUGGUUGAGCCUCCCUAAGGGCUUGCCCGUACAUUCCAUCUUGUACGGGCGUGGCAUGACUCGAUCCCCCACCUGCCCAAGGCCAACUUGUGGCGGGGAGGAGACAUUGCGCCAUGUUUUUGGGGGCUGUGCUUUCGCCGGGGUGGUAUGGGCUAGGGCACAGGUGUUGAUAGGCAGGGUGAGGGGGGAUUUUGUUGUGACAUGGGCUAGGGUAGAGAGAGGUGUAGGGAAAGCGAGGGGGACGGUUAGGGACAGGUUUCUGCUCUGGCUUCUCAUAAGCCUCUUUAAACGGGGGUUGUGGGAAGCUAGGCAGAAAAUGGAAAGGACAGGGAGAGAAGGGGGUGUGGAGGGGAUAGUGAGGAGGGUGGAGCAGAAUUUGAGGGGGAGAAUGAAGAGAGAGGAGAGGAAGUGGGGGCAGCAUGCUGCUCGGGAGAGGUGGAAGGGGGGUUUAGGAUUAGGGUUAGUGUAGAGGGGUAGGGAUUUAAGAUUUGUGUGUGUGUUUUUAGCUGGGUAUAAAGGGGGAGGGAAGGUGCUCCCCUGGGGUGUAAUUUCUGUUAUUGUUCGGUUUUGUGGGUGUUUGAUAUAUAUUGUGGUGGGUAGUUUUGUAUUGUUAUUUUUAGUGAUGUUGGGGUUGGGAAUUAAUGGUGUGUGUAAUGUGUAUGAUGAUGUAUGGUGUGGAUUUUUGAAUAAAACCUUUUAAUCACUAAUCAGUGUCUGAGCGGAGAAGUAUGUACAGGUACUCGAGAAGUGUUCUCCCUGUUUCUUUAUUAUUUAAGUCGUAGUUACUAUUUCGUAUUUUGGCUGUCUGCCUGUUUUUUUAGAUUUAUUUGCUCCACCUUUCUGUUAUCGUGUUAAGUCCGUUGUUUUGUAUCCUGGCUUCGGGACCACCAGUAAAGGUCCUUGUUUCACCAUCUCUGCCUACUGCCUACUGUCUAUCCUGCACCGCACCUGGGUCACACCUCACACCAACCCUUACACCACUCCCUCACAAAUUUACACCAGAUGUAUUGUACACCAUAACCUUCACCCCGCAGGAAUACUUUGAAUAGCUCUCAAUUCAGAUUAAACUUAAAAUACACACAGAGGUAUGCCAGAAACAGGAGUGUAAUAUAACUGUACUAGAAAAGUAGUACUAUAACAGUCAUGUGUUACACUGUAUGCACUGAUGGUGGAUGGAUAGUAAGAGAUGAUGACAGUAGGGAAAGAUAGAGCGAGGUUGUGUCAAAGGGCAGUAGGUUGGAUCAAGGGGUAGUAGGUAAGGAGGCGGUGGCAUUACCACUAGACCAGCCAGCCCAUGUAGGUUAGCCACGCCAUGAUAUUAAUCAUGUUUCAUUCAUAUCGUUGGGAUCUCAAAACCCUCUCCUGUCAAAGUGAGUCACCCAGUUUCAGUCCUUUCACUGUCCUUUUCAGAUUUGGCCCAUGCAGGGAAUUGUUCUAUUGGAAAAGGUGAAUUAUAAAGGGCAGGGUGACAGCUGAGGAGAAAGGCAUCUGACGACAGACACAACAAAUAUCACAACCUGUGAACGAACAAGAUAAUAUUUCACAAUUAUCUUUCAGCAUUUUGUCCUUAACUGUGCUGACUCCUGGAAUGUGGGCAGAAAGCAGCAACGCAGGUAAACCCUGAGAAAUGAAACAAGCAUUUUACCUUGUUACGUUGUUUUACAUAAUGAUCCUCAGAUAGUGUACCUAUACUUCCUGUUGCGAAUGAGAAGAGUUAAAGAUACAGGGAGACACACUUUACAAAUAUAGGUUACAUCUUUUAAUUUACUGUCGGGGAGGUGUUAGGUUAAUGAUCUUCAGCUGCCCUAUGGCUGUUGGGAAUCAUAUCUUUCAUUCAGAAAAGAGUGUGUCUAAAUUAAGUGGGUGUCUUUAGAAGUAGGACCAUAUGGCUUUCAAUUGUUUCACAAAAUAUAGUGUGUUUUGACUGAGCUGAUGAAGGCCAGUCAGUUUUCACAAAUUAGGAUUGGCCUGUGGCACUAAUAUACAGCCCUGUUUACCAUGGAUGUAUCCAGAGCAUUCUCAGGAUCCCUUUGAAAAUAAACACAGACUCAGUCGCGUUUGGCACCAUGACUAUGCACAUUCUAAGAAGACAGAGUUUCCUCACUCAUGAAAUGGACAGCAGAGGAGAGUUGGCAGAGAAAUCAGUGAUUUCCAUAAGGGUUGGAUUACACUAAGGGAUGUAGUAGUGGACAUGUUUGUGUUUGUCCUACUGUUUCCUUCAGCCACCUUUGUGUUUUCUUCCCCCUUAUGGAUAGUCUGUGACUGUGUGAUGAGAAGCUGAAUAAUUGCUGGCUGUGAUCACUUGGUGAGGGACAUGUUUUCUGGUUGGAGACUGAUCUGCUUAUCAGAUCACUUCAUCCUGCUUAAUGAUGAUGGAUGGUGUCGGCUAAAACAUACAUUUUAAAUUGGAAAUCUUUACAAAGUAUUAUUCAUUAUAUUCAGAAAGGCAUACAGGACCAAAUCUGGAUUCAACCUGUGGUGUUGACUGACCAAGGCCUAACUAAAUAGAGAAUACUCAAUAGCUUUGGCAAAGGUGCAAAAGUACUACAUUAGGUCACUUUAUAAAGUAUCUCUAUUGUUAUGACAUCUUUGUUCUUGAGUGAAAGGGGGAAUGAAAAAAGUAUGGCGUACACUGUACAAACUAAUUCUGAAAAUUAGAACUGCAAUAAGUGCUGUACAGGUAAGCCAAGUAAUUUGGGAAUGUAUAGUAUGUUGUACAUAUCAUAAGAUCCUAUCAUAUCCAAGUAUGUAGACCAAAUAUACACUGAGUGUACAAAACAUUAGGAACACCUUCCUAAUAUUGAGUUGCACCCUCUUUUGCCCUCAGAACAGCCUCAAUUCGUCGGGGCAUAGACUCUACAAUGUGUCGAAAGCAUGUUGGCCCAUGUUGACUCCAAUGCUUUCCACAGUUGUGUCAAGUUGGCUGUGUCAAGUUGGCUUUGGGUGGUGGACCAUUCUUGAUAUACAAGGGAAAUUGUUGAGCGUGAAAAACCCAACAGCGUUGCAAUUCUUGACACACUCAAAUCGGUGCGCCUGGCACCUAUUACCAUACCCUGUAUAAAGGCACUUAAAUAUUUUGUCUUUCCCAUUCACCCUCUGAAUCGCACACAUACACAAUCCAUGUCUCAAUUGUCUCAAGGCUUAAAAAUCCUUCUUUAACCUGUCUCCUCCCCUUCAUCUACACCAGGGAUGGCAACUUUGAUGGGGAUGGGGCCACAAAAAUCCUGAACUUAUCAUGAGGGGCCGCAGUGUUAAACAUUUUAACAGCCUCCCUCGUGACAGCGAAGAGACAUUUGUAUUUUCUUUAAAGUUCAUUUCCUGCAAUUCUACUCAUUUUUCCAUGGGGCGGAGAGAAACGUUUGAGGUUGUCCAGCUACUUUCUUGCAAUUAUACACAUUUUGCCAUAGGAUGGAGGCAAAUGUUUGCAGUUUGCUAGACUAACUUACCAAUCCCAAAAGAAAUUGCUGACAUGGGGUAAUUGAGUGACUGCUGAUGUGCAACCAAAUUUCUAAAUUGCACCUUGUGUAGUCUAAUAUUCUAACUCUCAACAGUCAGUUGAGAACCCGACUGAUUUUUGAUUGGUCCACGGGCCUACAACAUGCGGUGACAUCAAUAAGGAAUCAUAGCUUUCACCUGGUCAGUCUAUCUCAUGGAAAGAGCAGGUGUUCCUAAUGUUUUGUACACUCAGUGUAUAUGCACAAUACAGAAGCCAGUUCCAUUGAAAUAAGGAUAAAAUCAAGAGACAUGAAUCAUCACGGUCACUGGUACAGUCUAGAAAUACAUUACAUGACCAAAAGUAUGUGGACACGUGCUUGUCGGACAUCUCAUUCCAAAGUUAUGGGCAUUAAUAUGGAGUUGGUCCCCCCUUUGCUGCAAUAACAGCCUCCACUCUUCUGGGAAGGCUUUCCACUAGAUAUUGGAACAUUGCUGCAGGGACUUGCUUCCAUUCAGCCACAGAAUCAUUAGUGAGGUCGGGCACUGAUGUUGGGCGAUUAGGCUUGGCUCGCAGUCGGCGUUCCAAUUCAUCCCAAAGGUGUUCGAUGGGGUUGAGGUCAGGGCUCUGUGCAGGCCAGUCAAAUUCUUCCACACCGAUCUCGACCAACCAUUUCUGUAUGGACCUCGCUUUGUGCACGGAGGAAUUGUCAUGCUGAAACAGGAAAGGGCCUUCCCCAAACUGUUGCCACAAAGUUGGAAGCACAGAAUUGCCUAGAAUGUCAUUGUAUGUUGUAGCGUUAAGAUUUCCCUUCACUGGAACUAAGGGGCCUUGCCCGAACCAUGAUAAACAGCCCCAGACCAUUAUUCCUCCUCCAAUAAACGUUACAGUUGGCACUAUGCAUUGGGGCAGGUAGCGUUCUCCUGGCAUAUGCCAAACCCAAAUUCGUCCAUCGGAUUGCCAGAUGGUUUAGCGUGAUUCAUCACUCCAGAGAACGCGUUUCCACUGCUCCAGAGUCCAAUGGCGGCGAGCUUUACACCACUCCAGCUGACGCUUGGCAUUGCACAUGGUGAUCACAUGGAAACCCCUCAUGAAGCUCAGACGAACAGUUAUUGUGCUGACGUUGCUUCUAGAGGCAGUUUGGAACUUGGUAGUGAGUGUUGCAACCGAGGACAGACUAAUUUACCACGCUAUGCGCUUUAGCACUCAGUGGUCCCGUUCUGUGAGCUUGUGUGACCUACCACUUGGCGGCUGAGCCAUUGUUGCUUCUAGACGUUUCCACUUCACAAUAACAGCACUUACAGUUGACUGGGGCAGCUCUAGCAGGGCAGACAUUUUACAAACUGAAUUGUUGGAAAGGUGGCAUCCUAUGACGGUGCCACAUUGAAAGUCACUGAGCUCUUCAGUAAGGCAAUUAUUGUCUAUGGAGAUUGCAUGGCUGUGUGCUCAAUUUUAUACACCUGUCAGUAACGGGUGAGACUGAAAUUGCCGAAUCAACUAAUUUGAAGGGGUGUCCACAUACUUUUGUAUAUAUAGUGUAGCUAACUGGUCAUGCUCAUAUUCUAACCAUAGCUUAUACAAUACAACCACACACAAGACCAUAACCUUGGACUAAAGUUAUUUCUAAACGAAUGCCAUUAUGUAAUAAACUCAUUCAUUCAAGUUAAUGACCAUGCCAAACCUCAAUGAAGAAGCCUUUAUGGUCAAAGUCUGCACUAAUAUAAUGGGUUUUCUUGCCACAGAAAGGUUAGUUUAGACAGAGUUCUCUAAAGACGCAACACACAGAAAAUUACAUGUUCAAACCAUGGUGUGUUUGUACAGUGUGGCAUAUCUGACAAAGUUUGAAUCUCCCUCCAGGCUGAGCUGUCUGCCUGGGCUGACUGUCUGACCCGAUGCUGAGAGCCCGGCUAGGAGGUUGAGCCCCCUCUGUGACGGCAGCAGUCUGGAAUGGGCUGCUUCAAAAGGCAACAGGGCUUCCAUGACUUUAAUGAAUUAUCACUGCUAACUGGCCCUGUGAAGAGUGACACUGGGAAAAAGCAGAGAGAGAAGGGUCAAGUCUUUAAUCUCAGAAUUGCUCCAUCCUGCAUGAGCGUGUGCACGUGUGUGAGCGAGAGAACGAGACAGAAGAAAGACGAGAGAGAAGGAGAGAGAUCCCUGCUACAAAUCAUAAAUCAAUAAUAACUCACCUACUGUCCUCUCAGUUAGGGCCUCCAGCAGCUGUUACUAUUUCCUUUCCACCUGCCUCCACCCCACAAUGCCCUGCAAAUUAACGUCCCUCCGAUCAGGUUCUGCGUCUCUGCAGCCUGGAGAAGAAACAUCAACGGGCCUCUCUGAACUACAGCCCUGUCCAAAGGAAGAAAACAAAUCAGGUGCCUGUCAGUCUCUCCUCUGUCAAUCAACACAGAAGGGCAAUAUACUGUAUGUAUUUUCAAUUCAUGAAUUUAUGCGCAUACUGACAUUCCCAGGCAACUUGUCUUCCUCUUUUGGACAUCAAGAUGAUUCCAUUGCAUUCUAUUCAUCUGACGUUGAUGUUGAUGUUGUCACUGGUAAUUAUUAGAGUAAUAAUACAUUUUAAAGUUAAGUCAUCUCCAGAUGUUUCUCAUCUUUGAUGUCUGAUUCAUAGACCAUUCUACAGCUCAAAUCAGUCAAAAUGCCUGAGGCAGUUUUGAAAUUACAACUGCUUUAAUACAUAAGCUAAUAACAACGCCGUCUCUCAACUUUACUCAACCUUGCUACACAUUUUACUUUGACUUACUGAAAAGUCUGAAAUCGGUCCAAUAAACUUUUCUUGGUAAAGAAGAAAAAAGCUUUGAAAUAGGCACGGAUCAUCUUAAUGAAAGAGUAAAGGUAGUUGUUAAAAAUACAAAUCUUUUUACACGUUUCUCCCUGAUAUUCCUGUUCGAACAGUGUGAUGACUCUCAGAGGACCUCCGCUGCUGAGGCUUCUCUUCCAAUCACCAUAAAAGAAAAAUAUACAGCCAACUCCUUUCACGUCUCUCUCCAAACAAAGUCAAAACAGUCUGCCAUGGCUGUGGGCCUUCUCAUGUAUCUCACAUGUAUCUGGAUGUUAUCAUCAUCAUCACAUUGGGUGGCUGACACUUUUAAACAGGAAGAGGCUCCUGCACUGACCAGCAGCACUAACACAGUUAGCAGAGAGGAUGGUGGGACCUGGUAAUAACUAAGGGACCAACAGCAUCAUAAUGUGUUGAGAGAUGGAGAGAAGCAUGGAAACACUCCACCUUUGCCCUCAUACAAUAAUCAGGAAUUAGCUCAGCACUGAGAGGACAGUGGAAAUCAAGGACUUUCAUGAACCGGUUAAUUUUCUAGUGAAAUACUUCCAAGCAGUGAGAUUAUACAUAUGCUAACUUACCUUGCAUGCACCCUCAAAAUAUAUUACAUAAGCUGUCAAGCUGAAACAUUUCUGAACUAACCUAUACGUGCAGACACAAAUAGCUGGACUCAAAUCAGCCUUACCACACAUCAUAGCCUCAUAUAGAUUGAGUGGUGGUGGCAUGGAGGCAGUAUAGUUACCUAAUAGUAUUCAGUCAAUCUUCCAGUCGUGUUGAACAGAGCCUCGCCCUGUUCUCUGUUACCGCACCACCAGGGUGGUCCCAUGAAUCUGCAGGCUGUUGAGAAGGCUUGGCAGAGGAUAUCACCAUGCCAGGGCCAGACAGACAGGAACACACUUCACUGACUCAGCAGUUUUCAGCAGGCGUACUCUCCCUGGUCCCUCUGUCCAGCCCCACCCACCUUGUCCCUCCACCCCACCUAUCCUCCACAUCAGCCCUCCUCUGUCUCUCAGCAGAGGCACGUCCCUCUGUUUCCCCUGCGUAGCUCCAGCCCUGCUCAGUGCCAGCCCAGACACAUGCACCACUGUCCUGGCCGAGCUAAAUGCAAGGCUGAGCAGCUUCCUUAUUUGGCAAAUUUCUACGUCCUGUCUUUAGUGCUCCUUUCAAACCCCUGUAAAAAAAUAUAUAUAUUCCUCUCCUGCCUACGCUGUGUGCGAUUGCUCUAGCAACAAAACGUGAUUGGGAGGGGGCAUCAUAGUACAGUACCAUUACUGACUGACCCACACAAAGAGGUGCCACUGAUAGUGGGCUUAUGAUACAUGUGGUGAUACAUGUGGUCACCAGAUGUUGCUGUUGUUGUGGUUGUUCAGUUGUUGACAUAUUUAUCAAUUUUAAACCUCCUCUGCUCUAGUUGGGGGAAAGCAGGGGAAAAUAAUAUGAAUACAUUCUCCACAGACUAGAUCAACUUUGUGAUUACAGUUCUCAUAGACACUUGGUGCUGCACGUGCUCACUCCUCUCUCUGGCACAGAGGCUCCCACUACCAUACCACAGCUCCUUGACAUGGAGAGACUCAUCCACAGACCGCAACACAACCACUGUGGUGUGUCUGUGUCUACAGUGGAGAACAAGGCUCAGCCUCUCAAUGAGGAACAGGGGUUAAAAAUAAUCCAGGCAGAGCAUGCUCGAUUACGAGAGACAGAGAAUUGA